AUCGCAAAAUUUGACCGUCAAAAAAUACUUUUGGCUAUCACCCCUCCACUCUCCAAUCAUUCCUAACAUGCAAGUCACUACAACUGCCGUACUACUAGUGGCCUUUGCACUAUCCGGCUUAACAACAGCUGGCCAACCUAACUCGCAAUGCUACAGUUACUUCUUCAAAACCAGCGGAUCCAAACAAUGCGUUCCUGCUGCUCAAUUUGAAGCCCAUAGAUGUAAGGACACUAAGGGCGCGUCCCACGAACUACAAGAAACCCGCCUCUUUACAGUGCAGAAUAAGAAAAAGCGCAGUGAGGAGCACACCUUGGAACGCCGAUACGACAACUACAAGGAGGUUUCGAUCGUUACGCGCGCCAACAUGGCUUAUAAAUGUCCUAGGCCUUCAGGUAAACUCGAUCCGUCCUGGAACUACGGCGUGUGCCUCUGGGCAGGAUCUGGAAAGGGUAGCAGUGGUUGGGUUGACGACAAUAACCACCGUAACUGCGGAAAAAAAGUUUACAUCCAAAGGCGGGGUCAACCUGGCACUGUCAUUUUCGCCAGGGUCGUUGGAGGCUGUGAUUUCGGAAAAGUCACGGAAGAUGCAGCUUGCUUCAACCUUGCGGUUGGCCCAAAUCUUUUCCGGGCACUGAAUCCGACUGCCGAGGAGAAGAAUCAGCACAAAAUAAAGGAAGUCUCUUGGGAUUUCGAUAACCUCAAGGGCCAAAGCUCAAAGGACGGUGCGGCCUGAGCGAUUUCCGAAGCUCGGGCUCGCAAUCAUUAUUUUGGCUUUCCGUGUCCUUCUUUAGCUCCUAUUCAUUUGACUUGUCCUGUCUGUUUAUCUCAAAAAGCUCCAUUACUCAUCACGAUUUUGUCAGAACCUGUGGACCUUAGAUGUCAAGGCCAAUGUUGAUUUUUUUGUUGCACAAGAUUCUAAUCUUGAGAAGAAAUUCAUGAACGUUAUGGUCA